AUGCUGCCCGCCGUCGUCUCCAUCGCCACGACGCUGUGCUUCGGCCUCGCCGGUGCCAGCCUGACAUGCAGCUCUGAAUCGCAGCCCAACCCCAUCCCCACGGCUGGCGGCACCAACCCUUCAGGCACCAUCAACGGCACUCUCGCCGUGCUGCCCAUUCCGCUCUCCGAAGCCCAGCGCAUCGUCGGCGACAAGUACACCAUCCAGACCGCCGCCUACCGCGAGCUUCUGCCGUCCUUCCCCGCCGACAUGUAUCCCGCUAUCAUCCAGGCCGUGCUCGACCACGACAUACAAGCCUCCGGCAUCCGCAUUCCCGACUUCACUCGCAUCUCGAUCGAGUACCCCUUCAUCUCCAUCCCGGGCACCAACCGCUCGACCUCGUUCCGCCUCGCCCCCAUCCAGGCCAUCUCCGCCACCAACCCCAUCGCCAUCGCCGGCUCCGCCGCCUACGGCACCCACGUCUUUCCGGCCACCUUCGACCCGCCCUGCGACGCCUACGCGCCAUCCGGCCUCGACACGCCGACGACGACGACGACGACGACGCACCUCAACGCCAACCACGUGCUCAAGGACCUCUCUCCCGGCCCGCUGUUCACCACCGAGUUCACCACGCCGGGCGCUGCCGGCGGAGAAAGCCCGUACCCGCUUUCUUUCUUCGUGAACGUGACGAACCAGCCGUCGUUUGCGGAUCCGGCCAAGGGCUGCGACAGGCAGGUGAGGCUGUUCGACACCGCCGUCACGCUGCCGCCGUGGGAGCCGGUCGCGGUGAGGGGCGACGUGUGGGCGAGCGAGGACGUGUUCAAGGGCGAUGUGGUGAAGGGAGAUGGUGGCAGCGGCAGGAAGUGGGAAGGCGCGUGGGGGUUCAGGCUGGACACGGCCUUUAUCGAGUAUAAUUUGCUCAAGUGCGAUACGCUGUGA